GCGGCAGCGCGGGCGGCGGUGGCGGCGGCAGCAGCAGCGGAGGCGGGAGCCCGCAGUCGUACGAGGAGCUGCAGACACAGCGGGUCAUGGCCAACGUGCGGGAGCGCCAGCGCACGCAGUCGCUGAACGAGGCGUUCGCCGCGCUGCGCAAGAUCAUCCCCACGCUGCCCUCGGACAAGCUGAGCAAGAUUCAGACCCUCAAACUGGCGGCCAGGUACAUCGACUUCCUGUACCAGGUCCUGCAGAGCGACGAGCUGGACUCCAAGAUGGCAAGCUGCAGCUAUGUGGCCCACGAGCGGCUCAGCUACGCCUUCUCGGUCUGGAGGAUGGAGGGGGCCUGGUCCAUGUCUGCGUCCCACUAGCAGGCGGAGCUCCCCACCCCCUCGGCAGGCCGGAGACCUAGAUGUCAUUGUUUCCAGAGAAGGAGAAAAUGGACAGUCUAGAGAACUCUGGAGCUGGAUAACUAAAAAUAAAUCUAUAUGACAAAGAUUUUCUUGGAAACUUAGAAGAGCAGAACCCAAAUUCAAAAGAAUCAGGGCGUGGGGCACACUUUUAAAAGAGAAAGCCAGACAGGCCCGGUGGACCGAGAUCCCCAGAGAGGCACCACCCUCACACCUCUGCAUUCUGAUAGAAGUCUGAACCAUUGUUUGUGUCCCCCUCUACCCCACCUUUUGACGAAGAAUGUUUUAUUUUUUUUAUGCAUGCAUUCUCAAGAGGUCGUACUAUUUCAGCCACUGAGAGCAAAGGCAUCACUGUGGACUUUCUCCAUUUUAAAAUGGUAACAAUCAGAGGAAUUUUAACAAGACCUUUAGAAAUAAAAACGCUGGGAUCAAACUGGCCUACAAAACCAUAGUCAGUGAAUUCCUUAAAAAAAAUUACUUCCUCUGAGGGAAAAGGAAAACAUAAGAUACAAAAGACAACAUUCUAUUUAUUUAUUGAUGACCCAUGGUAAAAUGCAAAUAGAUCCGGUGUCUAAAUGCAUUCAUAUUUUUAUGACUGUUUUGUAAAUAUCUUUUGUAUAUUAUUUUUCUGCAAUAAAUAAAUAUGAUUGAAAAAUUUUAAGAA